AUGGAAAUUGAUGAAAUAAUAAAAACAGCCAUCACCUCAAAGUAUAUGGAAUCCCUAGUAAAAAUGUCUUAUAUCCGGAUUAAAGAGGCAACGAUUUUUUUCAAUGGUGAAAACACGGCGAUUUCUUUGUUCAAUCCAAAAUUGAUAAUUUGUUGUGGGGCCUCAACUCGAAACCUUACCAAUUCACCGAAAGUGAUGAAACAAGAAUUGAAGUCAUGGUUGUCUGAAAGAUCAACAAUUCUCGAAAACACACGUCAACUAUUCAUCCGGAUUAACAACAUGUUCCAGUGUGGUCCAUACACAUUGGACAUUGUCUCGGCCGGACUGAAUUCUACAGCUGGAGAGAUAUUGGCGAUUUCGGAAUUUCAAAAAUUUGAAGUGUUAUGUUUGAACGGAGGAAAAUUUGAAAAAGAUGAACUGGAUGCUGUGAUGGACUUUGACAGGGAAGAUCAAGAUUUGGAUAUAGUCACAGGGCAAAUUCCAGAAGACUACUACCACCCGAAUCUCUUCCAGUACACUGAUGUCCGUUAUUGUGAUGCUCGUUGGAUUCGUCUGGAACAUCUUCUCUCAGUCAAGAAUGAAAAUUGUAUGAUCCAACUUGGAAAGAACAAAUUAACUGUUGUCGACAUCAACAAACUUCUUUUAUUCUGGGCGAAUUCUGAAAACGACUUAUUCGAUAGAAUUCAAAUUGAAAGAGAUGAGCAAUUAAUAAUAACAGACGAAGUUCUGUUCAACGACUUAGUUGUAUUGCAAUCAAAACGUGAAAAGUCGUGGAACAUUCUGCUCGCAGUGAAUUCACCGGCAAACCGAAAAAGGCAAAUACUGAGUAUAUUUUGGGGUUUGACACAUUUUUUCAUUCAUACCUGGUCUAUUGAUAAGCGCAUUUUUUUUGACGAUGAACCGUAUGCUCGUGAAUAUGAGCUUCUGAACAUGUUACAACGGAGAAGAGCAUUGGAGGAAAAGAUGAGGACAGUAAAAGAGAAUAAUCAAAUAAUCGUGGAAAUCCAAGAAGAGAUUGAUGAAAUUACGAACGAACUUCGCAGGAGACGCAUGCGUUUUGGAAACGGAAUUCCUGUCAUGACAUAA